AUGUUUGUUGUUGCUACAUUAGACGAUACAGUUUCUAUUGCACCACAUUUAUUCAAUGAACAAUUGAGUAUGAUUGUAGCUGAAGAACUCGAUCGUAAAUUAGCCAAUACAAUUUUUCAAGAAUUAGGAUUAUGUAUUUGUUUGUAUGAUAUUUUAUCCAUGGGUGAUUGUAUUCUAUUACCAUCAGAUGCUAAUUUUCAUAUUAAAGUUAAAUUUCGUUAUGUUGUUUUUCGUCCAAAUAUUGAUGAGAUUCUUGUUGGUAAAAUUCGAUCAUCAAGUAAAGAUGGUAUUACUGUAACUUUAGGCUUUUUUGAUGAUAUUCUCAUUCCAUCGACUAAACUUCAACAUCCAUCUCGAUUCAUAGAAGCUGAGCAAACAUGGGCAUGGCAAUAUGAAACUGAUGAUGAAACACAUGAUCUUGUAAUGGAUAUUGGUGAAGAAAUUCGAUUUCGAGUUGUACAAGAAAUUUUUGAAGAUACAGCACCAAAAGAAAUGCCAAAUAAUGGUGGAUCAGUAGCACAGAAUACUGGAAAUGAUGAUGAUAAAAAAGUACCUUAUACAAUUAUCGGUUCAAUAUCUGAACCAGGUUUAGGACUAAAAUCAUGGUGGAUUGAAACAUCUUGA